GCAACUUCGAUCCGCGCGGAUGCAAGGCCACGACGUAUAAAAGCGCAUUUCCUCGUCGGUGCUGACCAUCACAUUUCCUGAUAACGAACUCGAACACGCUUAUGAAGACGUCCUUCACGAGCCUUACUCUACACGCCCUCGCAUUAGCUGCCUCAGCUGCGAGCUCCUCCCUCACUUCCCCACGAUACGCCUCCUGGGGCGACGCUGUCGAUGCCGUCCGAUCGAUGCCGCAAACAUGGACAAAUUUCACUAGUCGUAUCAACGAGCGCAGCAACUGGCAAUUCGACAUCGGAUGCACAGGCGCUGGCUCGAUCCAGUCCCCAGAGUACACCGACCUCUGGACCGCCUCGCACAAGUGGUUCUCCGGGUCGAACACCGGCCCGACCUGCACGCAGAACCUCGCCUACGACCUGAACUGUUCCCCCGCCGACGCCAUCUCGCAGACCGGCUGCGAGUAUAUCGGCCAGUACGACGUGUGGAACAACGGCAUCAUGGACUGCUACGCGUACGUCCUCCUCGAGAAGGCCGUCGUCGAGUCGUGCGUCGACCACGGGUACGGCGACUGUGGUUGCGGUGUCUAUUACGACUACGGCAGCGGCAAGUGCCUCGUCGCCACAUACACGUACCACGCUGCAGGCCCCGCAGUGUUCAACUCCGUUCAUAGUGGCCCCGCUGAACCCAUUAACGAGACGAUGAAGGUGAUUCAUCGCGACUCCGAGGGGCCGAGCUACACGGACAUCGCUGUAUGCGGCGAGAACGGCAAUCAAGACAUAUCGACAUGGACUUUUAUCUGUACAACGAACUUUGACGAGGACUACCGCAACAUACAUACUUCAUAA